CUUGCGUGCAUUGAAGGCAGCCACUGCCUGGAUUGGGAGGCCCCUUCUCAUUGCUGUUCUCUGCCUCUUGCAGCUGCAGGCAGCAGCAUCACUUGCAUGUGGAUAUCAAGCUCUGUGUUUCCCAGGCUGCUGGUGACAACCUCUGCAGUGAUUGCUCAGGACAUACAAAGGAUCCAUCCUGCACUGAUGUUUAUUUGCUGGAUUGAAGAUGACAGAUGAAAAGAGUGCAUAAUGAUUCCAACAUCUCCGAUGAAUGUCGACCUCCGGCCAAGAGGAUAGAGUGGAAACCUACAUGUGUAAAUGUUCACGUGUCUUCACGGAUGACAUCAGAUAAGUCAAGACGGAUUCAUGUGAACAAUGAAUUUACGGAAAUGACAACAGAACGAGAUCGAAUUAACAGGGGAUUUUAGACCAUUUUCUUCUGUAUUUUAAAAAUGUCUCUCAACUGAUGUGUUCCACCUGUUGGACAAGAAAAUGAUCAAGGCACCAGGGAGACACUUCAUAUGAAGCAUCGUCUAGAAGACUGCAGAAGCUAUGGCCUCGAAGGUGUCAUGUUUGUACAUUCUGACAGUGGUGUGUUGGGCCAGCGCUCUUUGGUACUUAAGUGUCACCCGUCCGACAUCCAAUUACACAGGUUACCGGCUGAACAAGAUAGUCAUAUCUCAAAAAAACAUUUCCUUUGGCAACAUUAGAACUCGACCUAUAAACCCUCAUUCCUUUGAAUUUGUGAUUAAUGAACCCGAAAAAUGUGAAAAUAACGGGAGUCCUUUUCUGGUCAUUCUGAUAAGCACAACCCAUAAAGAGUUUGAUGCAAGGCAAGCCAUUCGCGAAACUUGGGGCAAUGAAAGCAACUUCAAGGGGAUUAAAAUUGUUACACUUUUCCUUCUUGGCAAAAAUGCCGACCCUGUUUUGAAUCAGAUGGUGGAGCAAGAGAGUCAAAUAUUUCAUGAUAUCGUUGUAGAAGACUUUAUAGACUCCUAUCAUAACUUGACUCUCAAAACCAUGAUGGGCAUGAGAUGGGUGGCCACCUUCUGCUCCAAGGCAAAAUAUGUCAUGAAAACGGAUAGCGAUAUUUUUGUAAAUAUGGACAACCUGAUAUACAAACUACUGAAACCAACCACCAAACCUAGAAGGAGAUACUUCACCGGUUACGUCAUCAACGGAGGACCUAUAAGGGAUGUCCGCAGCAAAUGGUAUAUGCCGAGAGACUUGUACCCAGAAAGCAACUACCCACCAUUUUGUUCGGGAACUGGAUAUAUAUUCUCUGCUGAUGUGGCAGAGCUCAUUUAUAAAACUUCCCUCCAUACAAGACUUUUACACCUGGAGGACGUGUAUGUUGGCUUAUGCUUACGAAAACUGGGUAUACACCCAUUUCAAAACAGUGGUUUUAAUCACUGGAAAAUGGCCUACAGCCUGUGUCGCUACCGUAGGGUCAUUACAGUACAUCAGAUUGGCCCUGAGGAAAUGCACAGGAUUUGGAAUGACAUGUCAAGCAAAAAGCAUCUGCGUUGUUAAAUUUUUUUAGAGUGUUGUUUAUUGUUACCAGGACACUUGAGUAAAGGCCGGUUGCAAAAAAUAAAUAGAUAACAAAAUAAAUAAAAAACACAAAAAGUAACUUUUAUACAACUUUUUCACUUUUGCUGGCCAAUAGAGACUUUGAGACACCGGUUUCUCAUCAAAUGUUAAAAAAAUAUAUAUACUUUGUGGAUAGUUCUUUCUCUGAUGACUUGAAAAUACAAUCUGGAUUCCACACAACAUCACGAUCCGAGUAUCAUUUCAAGGCGUGCACUAUCAUCAAGUAUUCGGAAUUUAACUUUUAUGUAGCCAUUGGUGUCCCCGUGUGACACUGAAAAUAUUUUUUUACUGGACAUAUGUGACCGUCCAGAGAAUGUUCAAUAUGCUUAGCUCAGAAUCGAAAUAUGUGGAGAUACAUUGUGCUAUUGUACUUUUAACUGUUUUUCCAAUUCUGUAUGCAGCAUUUUAGAAAAAUAGACCUUAAAGGAGUUAUCCCAUGAUAAAUGUAAAAAAAUGAACAACCUCUUUCUAACAAAGCUAUAACUGGCCCUGUACCUCACAUGGAUCCAGAGAUCGAUCUCCCCAUUCAUUGCUUCAAUUGCUCUGCUAGGUUUAUUUUAACCUGGCAGCUCAGGGUGGCGUGUCCUUUCUGAGAGGGCAGCUGCAGCUGGUGGCAGGUGAAGGAUGGAAUUGAGCAUGUGCUUCCAUCUCAGGGAGCAGGACAGAGAAAUUAGAAAAAAGAGCAAACAGCAGAUGGCGCUAUACAAAUAGAUUUAUUUGAAUAACUCAAAAUCUAUAAUGCAUUUUUAAUUCCAUGCUAUUACAAAAGUAUUCAAAUCCAGGUGCUGGUUUGAAAACUGUAGAAUAUUUUUCGUGGGACAACCCCUUUAAAAUAUUAUAUUCUCCCCUAAUACACAAUAGUGCUAACGAAUGCAUCAAGAAAUACUAUAGUAUUACAUAUAAGUUGUACUGUAUAUGUUUCAAGGGCAUAAACAAAAAACAUCAAGUCCCCAAACUCAGAACUUUACCAUUUCUUUAUAAUAUGUAUUUAGAAGGUUAACAUCAGUGUUUUUCACCCUCGGCCAAACCGACCAUGCAUGUCUAUGGUGAGUUCAUUGGGAAUAGCAGUUUGGCAAAAUGCUAUUGAACAUAUAUGACCACAUGUAUGAGGUCUCUGUGGAAAUCUUUUAUUGCUUCGUUGAUGGCUCAGUCAAAAAAAAAAAGGGCAACAUGCUGGAGACCGAACCCAUUAUAAGUAAAGGGGUCGCUCAAUCACAGCUCUUCAUAUUUUUUGUUUUUCUGCUCCUAUGAAGGAGUGAAACAGACAUUUUAAAAGAAAUAUGAACAAGUCUUACUUUACAUAAAGGGCAUAAUAACCAAUAUAUAAAGCAAAUCAAAUACAAUAGAUUUGCAUUUGAAAGUGCACGGCAGAUUUAUUAUUAUUUUUUACAAAUAACUAAUAUUUUGUUUCUAAAGUAUCCCCAUAGCAUAGCUACUAUAGCACGUCUAAGCCAUGUAAAACAAUUGUAUCUCUAAUAUCUCUCUUAAUUCUAAGUGGCAAAUAUCAAAAUACUGUAUUUUAUUACAAGCAAAUACUUGCAAAUUUACACAUAUUUUUCAACAGUAUUAAUACCAUUGGUAAAGUGGACAUGCACAUGACUCCUUUCUCCUUAGAUUUAUACUUUGCUCAAAUGUAGGAACAGUGGGGGACAUUGUAUCAUAUCAUAUGCCAGUCUUGAUCUCCCUGCGCUGAAGUAAGAUGCGCCUAAUUUAUUAAAAGGCAUAUGACUCUUAAUAAAUUAGUCGUAUCUCUAGCACUCUGUGGACUAGAAAUUCAAGGAGACUUAAAGGGGUUAUCCCAUGAAUAAUGUAAAAAAUCUGACAUCAUAUAAUACAUGAC